AUGGAGAGCUCAGCAAUGAAUCCAAUUCUGGAUUAUAUCCAGAAAUUACCAUUGUACAAAAAGGGCCUUCCAUGCGGUCAACCAGUAUGUGUGAUGGUCUCCCAUCAUAUUACACACACCGCCGACCUCAUACAACUGGCUGCAGAGCUUGGUCCACAUAUCGCAGUGUUUCAAGUUCAGGCGGAUUUUAUCGAGGAUUGGAGUCAAGAUACCAUUGAUCAGUUGACAUAUCAAGCGAAAAAGCAUGCAUUCAUUCUGUGGGAGAGUAGCCGGGUUCUUAAUGUAACCGUGAGUGUGAUGGGACGCGGAUACCCACAACAAGGGACCUGUUCAGCUCUGGGAGAUAUGAUCCGCACGAAAUACACAAAUGGUUUAAUUAAGCCCGCAGCUUGGGCGGGAAUGGCAACAUGCUGGGCAGCGGGUGUGCCAUAUGAUCAACAAGAGAAAGACCUGUUGAUUCCUUCCCUUCGCAAAGCUGCUCGUCAAGCUGUCGCAACAACGGUCAAGACGAUUCAAACAGAGAUCUCCGCCGAACAAUCAGAACCAACCCCCGAGGAACCCAAACCCUCCCUCUCUCCUCCCUCUACAAACGGCUGGCCUGAGUUCAGCAACGAUAACAUGGGCUAUGCCCUUCGAAAAUCCUCAACUAUUUCCGUCACCGAAUCCGUUACCAUGCAACCUCACGUUCAACCCGAUGAUGGCAUCCCUCCCCCACCUCUCCUUGCGCGCGGAAUGGCCCUCCUCCUCCCGGGCUCUAUAAAUACUGCUUUCACACCCGAGUAUCGUCAGUCUACCUUGGCCGCUACAUGCGCCAAUGCAGACUUCGUCAUCGGUAUUACGACCAGCGAGCCAUUCUUUCACAAUUACCGUGGAAACACGCUAUUAGAAUUAGCCUCAGAAGAUGGUCACGGGAGCUAUACCUCGGAUGGGGAUUGUUUCUUGAGAUACUCGCCAUACAUGGAUAUGGAUAUGUCCCUGGGAUUGUUUUCUCUCAUUCCCCCGGACUUAAUGCACGACUAUGAUGAUGACCUCGCUCGAACAGUGAAUGGAGAUUCUUCACACGAGUCACAGUCUCCAUGUGCUGCCAAGUUAUACUAUAUGAUAGACCGUGCCAUGAAAUUACGAGAUGCGAAUCGUAAAGAACAUGGCACUGUCUAUGAACCGACCGAUCUGACUGGCCCUACAAUGUACCACGUCCCCAUUGUUGUUCUGCCAUAA